UUUUCUUCAAUUUCAAAUUCCAAAAGCUAGUAAAAGAGGGAGAGAGGCCGUUGCGUUUUCCGGCGAGACGACGGCUAUACAGACGGGUUAAUCGAUCAUCGGUUGUUUCAUUCUCCGCGUUGUGAUUUCGAGUAUUUGUCUCACUAGAAUGGCUUAUCCGAGGAGUGAUUAUGAUGAUAAUGGUGUUGGAUUCGAAGAUACUGUGUUUCGUUACUUGUGUCCUGUGAGAAAAGCAGGGAGCAUUAUUGGUAAAGGUGGUGAGAUUGCAAAGCAGAUAAGGGCUGAGACGAAAGCAAACAUGAGGAUAAACGAGGCUUUACCCGGUUGUGACGAGCGUGUUGUUACUAUAUAUUCUACAAGUGAGGAGACGAAUCGUAUUGAAGAUGAUGAGGACUUUGUUUGUCCUGCUUUUGAUGCUCUUUUCAAGGUUCAUGAUAUGAUUGUGGGACAGGAGCUUGAAGAUGAUGAUGAUGAUGACGAUGAUGAGUAUAGCGAGAAACAGACUGUUGUUACUGCAAGGAUGCUUGUGCCUUCGGAUCAAAUUGGCUGCCUUAUUGGGAAAGGUGGACAAGUUAUCCAAAAUCUGCGUAAUGAAACCAAUGCUCAAAUUCGUGUUAUUAGUGAUAAUCUGCCUCUUUGUGCUUUGGCUUUGAGUCAUGAUGAGCUUCUUCAGAUAAUUGGAGAUCCCUCUGCUGUUAGAGAAGCUCUUUACCAAAUUGCUUCUCUACUUUAUGAGAAUCCGUCGCGAUUUCAGAACUACUUUUUCUCUUCCUCUAGUACCCCGCAGCAUCAGCACGGUGGAAUUCUAAUGAGUCCUGCACUAACAAGCUCUCACAAAAAUUAUUCUGCGCCAAGGGAUGUCGCUGAUGCGAGACUUUUUUCUAUCUCCUUCAUAUGUCCAGCUGAAAAUGUUGGAGGUGUAAUAGGAAAAGGCGGCUGUUUCAUCAAUCAGAUUAGGCAAGAAUCUGGUGCCACCAUCAAAGUCGAUACCUCAAAAACUGGUGAAGAUGAUGAUUGCAUAAUAUACAUAUCAUCAAAUGAGGUCUUCGAAGAUCAAUCCCCAACUGUGAUUGCAGCCUUACGCUUACAAACACGAUGCAGUGAGAAUGUGGGGAAAGAUUCAAGUGAUUCUGCAAUCUCCACUCGUAUACUUGUUCCUAGUUCACAAGUAGGGUGUCUCAUUGGAAAAGGCGGAGCUCUUAUAUCUGAGAUGAGGAGUGUCACAAAAGCAAAUAUCCGCAUUUUUCAAGGCGAAGAUGUACCAAGAAUUGCUGUUGAGGACGAGGAGAUGGUCCAGAUAACAGGAAGUCUUGAUGCAGCAAUCAAAGCUCUUACGCAAGUGAUGUUGCGAUUAAGAGCCAAUGUAUUCGACAUGGAUCGUGGUCUUGUCUUACUUCCAACGUUCUUUCCUUAUAUCUCUCAAACUACAGAGACUUUGAGCAAGCCUAAGCACAGAAAAAGCGAGAACCAUUCUCAUGGCUCCAUGGCAUUUGCUGGAAAUGAAGACUAUAGUAGUCAAGUGAACUUGAACUUGAACUUCCCAAGAAGAAACCGAGUUUAUUGAUCACCAAGAAUCUAAAAGGUUAUCGUUCUAUGUUUGAAACACUUAGAUUUCGGGAUAAAAUACUUGGGGAGUUUUUUGGAAUCCAAGAAAAAAGAGGAUUUUGGGCUUGUUUUUGAGUCUCGAGAAUGUAUAAACGCAGGAAGUUCUUGAAACAAAAUCGUGGAAGAUUUAGAACGACAGGUUUUAACUUUUCACUCCCACGGGUUUUAAUGCAUUGUUUCGAACUCAGACACGUCUUUGCUGCACAUCAUGUUCAUGUUCUACGUACUUGGCCACUUGGGUCUCUUAACUUGCAGCCAAUUGUUCUAAUGGUAUGAUAUAUAAUACUAUAGUUGAAUUUCAUG